CUGCGUAUAAACAACCCGUCGCAGACUCAUGGAGGAAAACUAUUCCCAAAUACUCGAACGUGCUCACUCCGAGUUUAAAAUGCAGAAUUACAAACAGGCGGAGGAACUAUACACGAAGUUUAUUACUUCAUGCUUACAGUCCAGGGACUGUGAAGCCAGUAGUCUCGCCACUGCUUACAACAACCGAGGGCAGAUAAAGUAUCUCCGUGUGGAUUUUCAUGAAGCGGUAGAGGACUACACUACAGCAAUACAGACUGACAGUCGGUUUGAAACGCCCUACUACAACAGAGGACUUAUCCACUAUAGAUUAGGUUUUUUUAACGAGGCUAAGAGUGACUUCGAGCAAGUGUUAAAGCUCAAUCCAGAUUUUGAAGAUGCAAAAGUGAGCCUGAAACAGACUCUUCUGGACCAGCAGCACAAGAUCAACAGAGGAUACUGACAAAGUCAUAAACUACAGAGUGGAACGUUUAUAUAUUUAAAAUUACAUGUGAUAGAAAGCGAUUCUAAGUGAACUAAAGUUGAGCUGGCACAUAAAAGUCGAAGAAGAUCUUA